AUGGCUCAGAACACCGUCGGCGAGGACAUGGCCAAGGUCAAGUCCCAUGCCACCAAUGACUCGGACGUUGGCAUUGGUAGGGUCGAAGACAUGCGUGGCGAGGUCUUGAAGGGCGAUGCCGUCGAUGACAACAUUCUCCUCGCUCAGGGCCACGUCCCUGUUAUGAGGCGUUCCUUCAAUCUUCUCGGAACUCUGGGACUGGGCUUCAGUAUCACCAAUUCGUGGGUUUCGUAUGCCAGCUGCUUCGGACAGAGCUUGCUCUACGGCGGACCCCAGGCCACAGUCUUUGGCCUGAUCGUUGCCUGCGCCGUUCAAUGGAUCAUCAUUCUCGGUCUUGCUGAACAGGCCUCGGCUUUUCCGUCGUCAGGAGGCCAAUACCACUUCACCUACAUCCUGGCUCCCGAGAAGCACCGACGAUUCGCUGCCUUCGCGGUUGGCACUAUCAGCGUCCUUGGCUGGUGGGUCAUCACCUGCUCCGGCAUCUCGAAUAACGUACAAUGCAUCAUCGGCAUGAUCCUGUUUGUCAAGCCAGAGUAUGAACCGCAGAACUGGCACUCCUACCUUCUAUACGUGGGACUCAUCUUGAUUACGCUGAUCCCCAUCUUCACGAUUCCUCAAAAGCACCUUGGAAAAUGGACACAGGCUUGUCUUGCGCUCUCGGUGCUCGGUUUCCUCAUCGUCACUGUCACCAUCUUGGCCAUGUGCGAUGAAUACAACCACCCCAGCUUCAUUACCAAGUUCGACGGUACCAGUGGCUGGCCUAAAGGAGUUGCCUGGGUUAUGAGCGUCGGAAACGCCAUGUACGCCUUUGCCAGCAUGGACGCCGUCAUCCACGUGGCCGAGGAGAUGCACCACCCUGGAAAGGCCAUUCCCAGAGCCAUGAACCUCACUCUCAUCAUCGGCCUGGUUACCUCUGUUCCAUUCAUCCUGGCUAUGAUGUUUGUGAUCAAGGAUCUUGACGCGGUUCGAUCGGCCCAUCUUCCCAGUCUCGAGGCUUUCUACCAGGCUACUGGGAGCAAGUCGGCAGCACUUGGCCUACAGAGUCUCCUUGUGGUAAUUUUCUACUCUUGCAUGCCUAGCCAAUGGAUCACUUGCGGUCGCUUGACCUGGGCCUUCUCGCGAGACCGUGGCCUACCAUUUUCCGAGUACUGGAACCACAUCUCGCCUUCUCUUGGGUUCCCCGUCCGAACCACGAUUCUGUCAGUCGGAUUCUGCAUCCUUUACGGCCUACUUUACAUGGCCAGUAGCCAGGCGUUCAACUCAAUCAUCACCACGGCGGUUCUUGGAGUCAACAUCUCGUACGCUGUGCCACAAGCAAUCACCCUGUUCCAUGGUCGCGAGAACAAGCUCCCUGAGCGACCCUUUAAGCUUAGCAAGGUCGUUGGCUAUCUCUGCAACGCGUGGACACCGCUCUGGGUUACCACGAUCGGCAUUUUCAUCUGCUUCCCGAACAAGCUUCCUGUUGAUGCGGGUUCCAUGAACUAUGUCUGUGUUGUGCUGGGAUUUAUGGGGCUGAUUCUGGUUGGGUUGUGGGCGUCCGUUCGACGCUACUUUGAGGGCCCAAACAUUGACUGGGAAAUGCUGAGCACUCAAUACGAGCAAGAGUCCUAG